CAUACAAACCCAGGACUCAGCUUUCAUUAGAUUCAAGCAAUCGGAGUUCGGGAAAAACAACAAACGUCGUCGGAGUGUGGAGGUAACGAUGGCAGCGAUAACGAGCGCAGCGAUUGCAGUGGUGGCGGUGAUUCUGGGUUGGAUCACCAUUGAGAUCGCGUGUAAGCCAUGCCUUGAACAGGGUCGUCAAGCCAUUGACCGAAACCUCAAUCCUGAUUACGAUCCCGACGACGACGACAUUCGCGCUCCACUCAACAACCCCACUCCCGCCUCCGCCCCAGCCGCAGCCUCCGAUCCUUCCUCCGCCGUCAAACCCGUUUGAAUUCGUAUGUGUAUGUAUGCUCUUUUUUACUCUGGUUGUUUCUCUGAGAUCGAAGUAGUAUAUAUGGGAUCUUCCUAACUUGAGUGUGGAGAGAAAGAUGUCAAUUCUGUAAGAAAUUGAAACUACCCAUAUGCUAUGGGUUACUUUGUUUAUAUAUCUACAGUUGAUUUGAUUUUCAUCAUUCAAAAAAUUGAAUUGAAGUUCCCAGUA